UCCUCUAUAUAAGCGGCUCGGCGGCGGCGGCGCGCUCCUGGCUCGGGCGGCGGCGCGGGGCGGCGGGUCUGAGGUGCGCGGCCGGCGGCGCAGGAUGGAGAUGGAGAAGCGGCUCACGCUGGAGCUGCGGAACAAGAAGCCGGCGGAGGUGAAGGAGCUGGUGCUGGAUAACUGCCGCUCGGACGAUGGGAAGAUCGUCGGCCUUUCCUCGGACUUUGAAAAUCUGGAGUUCCUCAGCAUGAUCAACGUCAACCUGCUGUCUGUCUCCAAUCUCCCCAAGCUCAACAAGCUCCGCAAGCUGGAGCUGAGCGAUAACCGGAUCUCCGGUGGCCUUGAAGUUCUAGCGGAGAGGACCCCUAACCUGACCCACUUGAAUCUAAGUGGCAACAAGAUCAAGGACAUCAACACCCUGGAGCCCCUGAAGAAACUGCCAAAUCUGCAUAGCCUGGACCUCUUCAACUGCGAGGUGACAAUGCUGAUCAACUACCGGGAGAGCAUGUUUGCCCUUCUGCCCCAGCUCACCUACUUGGAUGGGUUUGAUGCUGAUGACCAGGAAGCCCCUGACUCGGACCCUGAAGCAGAUGGUGAUGGGCUGGAUGAUGAAUAUGAUGAGAACGGAGAAGAAGGUGAGGAAGAGGAUGAUGAUGAGGAAGAUGAGUUGGAUGAGGAAGUCAUUGAUGACGAAGAGGAGGAUGAAGAUGAUCUGGAAGGUGAAGAGGAAGAAGAUGGAGUCGAUGAUGAGGAGGAAGAGGAUGAGGAGGAUGAAGAUGACGAUGAAGGUGAGGAGGACCUUCCACAGGGAGAGAAGAGAAAACGAGAUCUAGAGGAUGAGGGAGAGGAAGAUCCAGAAGAUGAAGAGGAUGAGGAGGAUGACUGAUAAUCCUAGCGAGCCAAUCAGUUUUACGGACUAUGACUGUGCUUGUCCUAACCUCCCCAUUGUGUCCAUGUGAGACUGUAAAUCCCCCUCUCCUGGCCCCUCCCCCUUUUGUAUGGCUGCAGUGUCCACAAUAUAUUUUUUUAAGAUGUAGAAUACAGUAGGCGUUCAGGGGAAUCUUUCCAUACAAGCCUCACUUUCUCACAAGUAUUUUAUGACCAAAGGCUUUCUCCGUUCUGUGGUUUGCGCAGCAUUUUGCAAAAAAAAAGUUCUCCUCCUAGAGUAUCUUAUGUCUGAAAUCAGCCUUAUCACAUGGGACCGAGAGCUCCAACAACCCUUUGCCAUCCC